CCGGAAGUAGUGGUAGUAGUAGAAUAAGAAGAAAUUUGAAACUUUCGGCGGUCAUGGGAACGUCUCGUAUUUAUAUUUUACUUUUGUUCUUUGUAUCAAAAGGUGAGACAUCCGUGGUUCAAACACAGCAGACUGUGACGGCAGCAGCUGGAGGAGAAGCUCAUCUCAGCUGUCAGCUCACUCAACCUAAAGACGUCCUUCAAAUCACGUGGCAGAAAAUUGUAUCGGGAGUAGAGGAAAACAUAGGAUCUUACAGCGUGGAUCAUGGAGAACGAGUGGUUCCUAGAUUCAAAGGAAAAGUCCUCAUCAGCAGCUUUGGGAUGCAGAACAGCUCCAUCAUUGUGAGGAACGUUUCAGAGGAGGACGGAGGAUGUUUUCUCUGUUUGUUCAACGCAGACCCUGAAGGGGCUUUGAAAGGAAGAACCUGCCUCCAAGUCUACGAGCUGCAUCCGCCGGUGCUGCACGUCAGAGCUUCAGACUCAGAGUCCGUGGUGAUCUGCUCGGCCACAGGCAGACCUGCUCCCACCCUCACUCUGACGGUGGGACAACAACACCUCAACUCCUCCCACAAGCACACCGUCAACCACAACAACACCAUCACCGUCACCGCAGCAGCUGUGCUGUCAGGUCUGGGCUCCAACAGCACUCGGGUUGGAUGUUCAGCUGCAGUCUUCUCUGGUCCUCAGUUGAAGGCGUCUCUGCUCCUUCAUGGUCUGGAUGUGGAACCCGGAUCUGUUCACGGCCGUGGCAGAGUGGCUCUAGUAUUGACAGCAGUGAUGAUGGGAACAGUUUUAAUCUCUGCCCUGAUCUUCUACAUGUGGAGGCGUCAUUCACAGAAAAGAACUGAACGACCUUCAAAGACAGAAGAGAAAACGACCAAGUACAAUCAAGACUGUGACUCAAAUAUUUCAAUUAAAUUUUAUUCAUAUAGUCAAAAUUCACAACAACAGUCGUCUCAAUUGGCUUCUUACCGGUAAUUGAAAAGUAAAACCUAAAAUCAAAACUAUCAUGAACCCAGAAUUCAAUAGGACAGAACCCCAGUGGACCAUAGCUUCCCCAGCUUCAAAAUUACUAGCAGCCAACUAUCUGUUAUUGUUAUUAAGUUUAAUUUAAAGACAUUAACAUUAAGUUAAA